UCGAAGUGUGUUCAGCUCUAGCAGCGCAGCAGUAAAAUCGACGUUAACAUUAUUUCUGAUCAAUUAAGCAAUAGGAAAACUUAGCCGAGGAUCGCUUAGUGACCGCACCGCUCCCGUUAAGUCCACAGCCGCCCACACCGCCACGCCUCUUGGCAAGGGGUCAUAACUAUAGAGAGCUCGCCGCGCGUGUGUGUGUGUAUGAGGAGAGGCAGAAAACGAGGAGGUAAAAAAAACAGGCAGCGAAAAGCGAUAAGAAACGGAAUACAACACACUGGAAAAAAUUGAGAUAAGAAAAACGGAGCAAGCGGAAACUGCCAAGACUCUGGGAUGGACUAGCGGUACAGCAGGCUUCCGAGGUUAGUCAACAGAGGGAUUCAGGAUAAGGAUCAAGAUCUGGUUCUAGAACAACCAUGUCGUCCGCCGUGAACAUUCAGAUCGUCUCAAUGCCGAAUCUGGCAAAGAUCGAGAGCUUCCUGAAGGAUGUCAGCUAUCGGGAGACGAUCGAGUACAGCGCCAACUUCAACACGCGACUGUGCAUCGAGCGCCGUCUCCGACUGCCCUUCCUCGAUCCGCAGACGGGCGUCGCCCAGAAUCACUCCCAGCUCUUUCUGGACAAGCGCCAAAGGAUGCCCGGCUUUCGACAGGGCCAGAUCUACACCUAUCCGGCAGCCAGGUGGCGAAAGAGUCGUCGUCAAUACUUGAGCAAGAUGUACAGCCGCUUUCCGGAGCGUCCUUUUCAGGCGCUACGAAAAGAGCACGAGGCUCUGGUGGCCAGCGGGGUGAAUCUGGGAUUGAGCAGCCUGAACAGCGGUGUGGGAUCCAUACCUGGCAACAAUAGCCUAGCCAGCAACUCCUCUCUGACGCUCAACAUGCUUACAGGAGGCGGAGCAGCACCUGCCGUUUUGGGUUCCCUGCACAAUGACACUGCCCACGAUUUCAAUGGGGCCUUCAGCCUGGAGGAGUCUAGCUCACUGGGUGCCGCGGGCGGUGAUACAUCUGACAGCAAAGACAGCCAACAGCAGCAGCAUCAGCAACAACAACACCAGCAACAGCAUGCCACUAAGGAGGAGCAGUUGCCCAAGGAGUGGUUUUACGAUGACAUGGACAUGAACGAUGUGGACUCGCUGGAGGAGCCAAAGUCGCCGGCAGACGAUGAGUACGAUUAUGAUCCACGUUACGGAAACAAGAAGAGGCGUAAGAAGCGUCCCGGUAAGAGAGGUGGAGACUCUGGUGCCGGUGGUGGAGGAGGAGGCACUGGUGGAGGUGGCAAUUCUGGAGGAAGCUCCAGCUCAAGAAGACGCAGUGCAGCAGCCAGGUCGCGUAUCACUACAACAGAUGCGGCGCUGGACGCCUCUCUGGAGGCCAUAGAAUCCGGUGAGAGUGUUCCAGGCAGUAAUGGAGGACCCAUGUCAAGCGGUGGCAUCCUCAGCAAUAGUUUGGGAGCAGGUUUGACAGGAGGUUCUGGAUCCGGUGGUGGAGGCGGAGCAUCUGGAGCUUCUGCUAAUAGCCGACGAUCCCGGGGAGCGGGAACACGAGGCAGACGACGAGCCAAGGGACCAAGUAGCGCCGUUGGAGCGGCAUGCGAUCCAACCAGUCCCGGCAUGGUCAUUGAACCACCAUCCUUCGAGAGUGCCGCUGCUGCUGUUGGCGUAGUCGAGGACGCGAACGCCCAUCUGCGCAACUAUCGGAAGUAUCUGUAACAACUCUUUCAACAACUAAUUCGUCGUGUAAUCAAUCAAUCCCCUGUUUUCGCAUUGUUUUCUCGCCUAUCGAUCGAUAUACUUUUCGCACCUAAUUUAAAGGUAGUUUUGUAAGCCUUAGUUUGACCACUGUUGCUCCCUCCCCCGGAAAAAAGGAGAAGGAAAAGAAUCAAAUACAUUGUGGACCAGGAACAGAAACAGGAUUAGGAUCAGGAUCACGAUUAGAACCACGCACCAGGCCGUAGCCAAUACAAUUCCAAUGUUUCGCCUCUUUUAACUUUACGUUCCCAUAGCCAAUUGAUUGUUGUUUUUGAACUACCAGUAGACUGGUGAACUUCUCUACAAUGAAACUUGAUCAGAAACUGAAACGAUUUGAAAGGUAGCCAGAGAUCUAAAAAAAAGUAUAGUUGCAUGUUUAUAAAACCUUUAGGCAAUCAAAAAACAAUUAUACCAAUUAAUCAAUGCUAGUUUCUGAAACUUUUAGGUAAUAUUUAAUGAACUAUUUUUGGAAAGAAUCUGUGCCAAAAGAAGGUGGAAAAUGUAUGCAACGCCAUCGUAUCUGAAAAGAUUGAAUACCUAGUGCGAUCUUACAAAAUUGUACAGACCGUAGUUUCCAAAGUUUCCUUUUGAGAAGUUCACCAGGCUAUGACAUUAUAUUUGUACAUUAUAUAUAUAUAUGAGUGUACAGGCAUUAUAUAUAUUUACAUGAAUUAUAUUAGCGACUCUACUUAAAGCUA